UUCCAACCAUCUCUCGGAUACAGCUCACUCUUUCAGGUCGACUGCGUUUGAUAGAGACAUUUGUCUUCUGACCGUUUCCUCCGGUAUAAAAGCUCGCAGCUUUUACUCCGUUUGUAACAUUCGGUGACCGACGAUCAUCUAAGAAUCAGGCAGUGUUUCGCUCGUUCGUUCGCAAGUGGGAACAAAGAAAUCGUCAAUAUGGUUUCUACUCGUCUCGCCCUUGCCCUUGCCGUUAUUAUGGUAAUCCUCGCUCUCAGCGUAGAUGCUGCCUUUAGAAAACCACCCUUCAAUGGUAGUAUAUUUGGCAAACGAUCCAACACUGUGACCGAUUACGAUGUUACCAGCCGCUCUCUGUCAACUAUUUGUGAGGUUGCCAGCGAAACGUGCACUGCUUGGCUACUUCGACAAGAUUCCAACUGAAGAUAAAAUGCUGACCCAGAUGUUUUACACGACUUCACCGACUGAUCAACUCAUGAAACGAUGUAAUCAACCGAGCUCCUGUAAAGACCCCUAAACGUGCGCUUGAAAGUUCGUUACAUUGUCUCCUGCCAGUACUUGUUGUUGCAUUAUGUUACAUACUUAAUCAUAAAUUUAUAUUUAUCAAAACGAUAUUGUAAAAUUACGAUAGUUUAAGCUUUCGUGAUUAGCUAUGUUUAUUACAAGUGUCACGAAUAAAAUAUCAUGAUUUGAGGAGCUAAUUAGUAUUGU